GUUUAUAGAGAGGUAAAGUACAGAGAAGUACUAGGGUUUUGAGCAUAUCUACCGAGUUAGGCGAAAUUUGUGGAAACAAACAGAAAGAGAGAAAAAGAGAGAGAUGGGAAGAGAAACAGCAAAGGCGCAACAAGGAACUGCUUACACUGUUGAGCAACUAGUUGCAUUCAAUCGCUACAAUCCCGAUAUUCUUCCAGAUCUCGAAAACUAUGUCAAUGAGCAGGUUUCAUCACAGACGUAUAGUCUUGAAUCCAAUCUCUGCCUUCUUCGCCUUUACCAGUUUGAGCCUGAGAAGAUGAGUUCUCAGAUUGUAGCUCGCAUAUUGGUUAAGGCCCUCAUGGCUAUGCCAGCUCCAGAUUUCAGCCUGUGUUUGUUUUUGAUUCCGGAACGUGUGCAAAUGGAGGAGCAGUUCAAGACACUGAUUGUUCUGUCUCACUAUUUGGAGACUGGAAGGUUUCGUCAGUUCUGGGAUGAAGCAGCAAAAAGUCGUCAUAUAGUUGAAGCUGUGCCUGGAUUUGAGCAGGCAAUCCAAGACUAUGCAAUUCAUGUCCUAUCCUUGACUUACCAAAGGAUUCCCAGAACUGUGCUUGCUGAGGCUAUCAACAUAGAAGGUUUAGCCUUGGACAAAUUCCUUGAACAUCAAGUAGCCAACUCUGGUUGGGUUAUUGAGAAAAGCCAGGGCAGGGGUCAACUCAUUGUCCUUCCCAGAGAUGAAUAUAAUGAUCCAAUUUUGAAGAAAAACACUGCAGAUAGUGUACCAUUCGAGCACAUUGCUCACAUCCUCAAUAAUCUUAGUUGACUUUUUUAUGGUGUACUGUGAAUUUUCUUUCAUUUGAGAUUAGUUGAAGCGACAUUUUGCAAACUCCCAUUCCCUUGGCUGGUUCAAUUUUUGAAUUAGUGAACAACUAUUGUAAUUUAUACUCUUAAAACGUUUUUAAAUUAAUGUUUGAAAACGAUUUUGCUUUGUUA